UUGAUUGAUUGAGCCACGACUGCAAAAGUUCCAAGAACUUUAAAAAGAAGAGAAAACAGCGGUUGCUUGCUUUUGAGAUCAAGGGCUAUAAAAUUCACACCUCGCCUUCCUGUCGUCGUGGUUUUCCCCUCCAUGCAGCCGCCCCCCCCUCCCGCAAUCUUCAUUUUUCUUUCCAUCCUUUGUCGAUACCCAGAUGCAACGAGACGCACCCGCAAUGUGGCUGGCCAAGCUCGCUGCUUGCUUGAUGCUAUGGCCGGCAUGGAUCUCUGUUCUCUGUGCCAACUUUACCCUUUCUUCGGAUCCGGGCAUGACAGAAAUGACCCGGAGGUUUCAGGAGUUUAUGGCGAAGUUUGGCAAAACCUACACCAGCCAAGAAGAUACGAUUUACCGCUUCAAGGUCUUUGCACAGAACAUGGAAACCAGCCGAGUCUUGCAGGACACCGAGCUGGGGACGGCGCAAUACGGGAUCACCCCUUUCAGUGAUUUGACAGAAAGCGAGUUUGCUAAGAGGUUUGGCGCCCCGGUUUUGCGGCCUGUGCCCUUUGGCCCGACGGAGCUGCGCCGCGCCUUCGUGACGACACCCCGAUUCUGCGACUGGAGAAAAAAGGGCUUGUCGCCAGUGAAGGACCAGGGAGAUUGCCGUUCCUGCUGGGCUUUCGCGGCCGUCUCCAACAUAGAGGCACUGUGGAAGAUUCACCGAAAUGUGAACUGCAGCCUCUCAGUGCAAGAAAUCAUCGACUGCACAUACCAUUCCAGAGGAGGGUGUUUAGGGGGCUACGUCUGGGACGCGUUGCAAUACGUCUUCAACAAGAGUAUGUGGACAUCCCCGUUUGUCGCAUUCUUUUGUUGUAACGUUUACGUGAGUCUGCACAACUGUUCCCCUCUCGUUGGACUCCGGGCUGUGGUGGCUCAACCCAUGUUGGAGCAUCACAACAACCCAGCAAGGUGGGCUCUGUGCGAGCAGGUGAGGGAGGCAGAGAUAACAGGACAACGGAGUUGGAGGUCUUCUAGUCGGAACCCCCCUGCUCAAGCAGGAAACCCUACACCAUUUCAGGCAAACGGCUGUUCAGUCUCUUCUUGAAAACCUCCAGUGAUGGAGCACCCACAACUUCUGGUGGCGAGCAGUUCCGCUGGUUAAUUGUCCUCCCUCUCAGGAAGUUUUUCCUUAAUUCCAAGUUGCUUCUCUCCUUGGUUCGUUGCUUCUUGUCCUGCCUUCUGGUGCUUUGGAAAAAUAGGUUGACCCUAUUUUUUGGGGGGGGCACCCCCCAAAACGUGGAAUUUCUGCUCUCAAGUCACCCCUUGUCCUUCUUUUCCUUCAAACAGACACACCCAAUCCCCGCAGCUGUUUUCAGAGUUGUUAUUUGAUGAUCAACUUGGCUUGCUUUGUAGGCUGAAAACUGGAUUUUUGGGCAGCAAAAAACUCAAGAUAGGGAAUUAUCUGCCUGGAUAUUAAAAGCUUCCAGGCAGUUAUUUGGGAAUGAGGGACAUUCCAAAAGAAUAACUUUUCAAAAAGAUUUUCUCAUCUGUCUCUUUUGUGAAGCUUCCUCGGUUUCUUUUCCAGGUGGACUGUCAUCAAGCAAACUUUAUCCCUACGUGGAGAAAAGUCAGCACUGCCAGAAACACAAGGGGCGAAAACUAACCAAGAUUGACGGUUACAGCAUACUUCCGAGAGACGA